CAUCCUUUAAAAUAGUUGAGUCUGAAAGUAAGUAAGUCAGGAAUGUGUUUUUGAACAGCUGGGAUGACUCAGACCCCAUUGCGAAUCCUUCAAGGGCUCCACAAGUAAUGAUACAUGAUCUGAAGAAUAAACCAUUGCUGGAAGAUACUUUGACUACAAUUGUAGCUGCUGGUGGAACUAAGCAACAGCAUUCCCGUGGGUACAAAUUUGGAAGCUAAGGUGUGUGAAGAAGAAGGUGAUGUUAGUAAUGGGACCCCAGAGAGGAACAAAGAACAAUAGCAUUUGACAUUGUCCAGCCAGAUCUGCUGAUGGAUGGCUAAACAGUUUGCACACCAGGUACAUUCAAGCCCUGCAGCACUUGGAUUCUGAAGAAGCAAAGAUGGAGCCCAUUCCAAGGGGAUGGGCAAGGAUUGAAGAUAAUAGCAUAUCCAUGGUUGCAGCAUCAGUUUCCAACAUUGUUUCUCAAACCAAGAUCUUACCUAAAACCUUAGGCCUAGCAAACGUGAAUGUUGCACCCCAAAUGAUCAUAAGCACACCACAGCGUUUGAGCAACUCUGGGAGUGUUCUGAUCGGAAGCCCAUACACCCCCACACCAGCCAUGGUUACCCAGAGUCACAUAACAGACCCAUCUGGCUGGGUCACAGGGAGCAGAAAACGUACCCAUGAAUUUAUUGAAUCUGAUUUUUCAGACAACAAAAGAAGCAAAAAGGGAGAAAAGAAUGGAAAGGGAUUACGACACUUUUCAAUGAAGGUGUGUGAGAAGGUGCAGCGGAAGGGAACUACCUCGUAUAAUGAAGUGGCCGAUGAGCUCGUGGCUGAGUUCAGUAAUUCCAGUACUCACAUGUCUUCAGAUUCUCAGGCAUACGAUCAAAAGAACAUUCGACGUCGUGUUUACGAUGCACUUAACGUGCUGAUGGCUAUGAACAUAAUUUCUAAAGAGAAGAAAGAAAUCCGAUGGAUUGGGCUUCCCACAAACUCUGCUCAGGAAUUUCAGAAUCUUGAGGUGGAGAAACAGAGGCGAAUAGAACGAAUUAAACAAAAGAGGGCUCAGCUUGAAGAAUUGAUACUGCAGCAAAUAGCAUUCAAAAAUCUAGUACAGAGGAACCGACAAUCAGAGCAGCAGACACAGAGUCCUCCUGCACCAAACUCGACUAUUCAGUUGCCUUUCAUCAUUGUCAACACGAGCAAACGGACUGUUAUAGAUUGCAGCAUCUCCAGUGAUAAGUUUGAAUAUCUGUUCAACUUUGACAACACAUUUGAGAUUCAUGAUGAUAUUGAAGUACUAAAACGUAUGGGAAUGUCCUUUGGCUUGGAGUCUGGUAAAUGUACACCAGAAAAUCUGAAAACUGCCAACUCAUUGGUGCCAAAGGUUUUGCAGCCGUAUGUUGCAGAAAUGGCUGAUGGAUCAUCCUGGGCAAACAAGGAAGUUCCUACAGAUCUAAUGCAAACUGCCUCAGCUUUAUCAACAUCUGCCUCCAUUUCUCAGUCCAGUAUGACCCCUGGAUUAUCACUUGAUGUGGAAGUUGCCUUAGCAACUGGACACCUCCUCGCUCCAGAAAGUCGCCACUCGAGCAGCAUUACAUCGCACUAUGAAUCACGAGGUGAAACACCGUGCUCGUUUAAUGAUGAUGAUGAGGAUGAUGAUGAUGAUGAAGAUGACUGCUCUUCACUUGUUGAAGGAGACUAAAGAGUGUGCUGGCAUACUUCUCAAGCUGCUCACAUGCUUUUUAUUAAGCUGUACUGUACUAUGUUUCACCAUCCACUGUUGUCAUCCUUGUGACUGACCCUUGUAGACUGAAAGCCAAGGGGGAGAGAAAUGAACAGCAAUUCUGUGUGAAUGUGCAGAAUCCUAUGAUGCAGCUUUUAGUCUGUUGUGAUACAUUAUCAGAUUCAGUUAAAAAAUGAUCCAAAGCUGAUCAACCAGCACAGUUUUAAUAGCUGCUAUUUUAUUUUUCUUUGGUUUGUUUUAUUGCUUUUACUCCCUCCCUUUACUCCAGUCCUUUGGAAACUGGUGAGGGUACACACCCUGGUUAUUUCAGCACGGUUUAAGUGUAUCUUGCUUGUAUGAUUGACUUUUGGACUUAGGGUAUGUUGAGAUAAAGCAAAUUGUUUUGGUUAUUUUACAGUUUAUACAUGGUUGGGAUAGACGCAUGUUUGGAGACUGUUGCAGUUUUGAGUUCCUGACUUGGAAGUAUCUAGAGCAAAUUGCAUGUACUUCCGAUCUAAAAUCAUGGGUUCACCCAGUUCUGAAGCAAGGGAGUUCCAAAGAAAUACCAAGCCCUGAUGUUGAUGGGAGCUAAUAUAUGACGUUUAUUUAGAAAAAGAUGAGUACGAAUAUGUUUGUAGUCUUAAAUUCACUUGUGUGAAUGAUUUUCUUUUGCAUAAUGAGCAACAAAUCAAAUGUAACAUUCCUCAACAGUGACCUCCUUUCAGAGACUGGGGAUAAUGAGUCUGCUGAUCAAGCUAGUUAUUUCAUACAAAAAAACUGAUCAGCAACUUAUUGAAGCACUGCUGCUCCUCUGGUGGCACUAUGAACCUAUCCGUGGUCUGUUUUAUCCACACAGAUUAAGAUGGUGCCCUAGGUUGAUAUCCAGACAUAGCUAAUCUUCAGGUGGCUGUAGUUUGCCUAGUGGGGUGUAUGUGAUUGGAGAUCACUUGGGGGCAGUACCAGCUGGAAGCCAUGCGUUGUGUAGUCUGAUAGUCCACCAAUAUUCAAAUGUUAAACAUUGCCUGUGAAUAAUGAUCACCUGGGCAAGGUACCAUAGCAUGACUUAGGGCCCCCAGGUGUGUGGCCAGGUAAGGAGAUACCCAUUUCAAGAGAGGAGGGGAAAGGAGAAAAUUAUAUUUUUUAAAAAACCCUUCUGAUUUUGAACUUUUGUACAUUUGACUUUUUUAAACAAUAUUUUGUCAAACACUAUUAUCUAUCUCUUUCCAUCAUAUUUCCAGGUAUCAUAUUUUUUAUACUAUUCUUCAUCAGCCCCUAAACCCCUUCUUUUAUAACAAGGUACAUAUCAGAUAAAAAUGUAAGCUAUGUCUAGAGCAACAGUCAGAAUACUCACUAAAAUUCAAUAACUUAUGACCAUGUUCUCAUUCACCAACCUCUCCUUUCAAAGUCUGUCUGUGUCCGGAUGUAAACCUUUCUGAACACAUUGGGGUGAAUUGGUCGGGGAGGGCCCAGAAUGUAAAGCAGGCAAUGAUGAUAAUCAACAACCUACCUUACAUUCCACCCAGCUUUCUCUUCUAUUGACAACAUGUCGGCCAGAAUGUAUGACAAGCUCUCUGUUUGUUCUUGACUGUUUAACACUUCUGUCCAAGACCAAUUUCACUCUGCGUUUUUGUAAAUAAUUUGCCAUGUUAUUAAUUUUUCAUUCAAGUUUUAUAUCCACUUUGUAGAAAUAUGUUCACUGUACAUAUAUAUAAAACAUUCUUCUGUUGUGCUGUAAGCAGGAUGUUAAAGUAUACCUUUUGGUAUGGUUUAAAAUAAGGGCAUCAUUGUUGAAUGUGCUGAUGAUCAUACCUGCAUGGCCUUUGGUGAUGGUGCAGCUACCUGCUUCCUGUGUUUUCAGGGAAGAAUAUUUCGACAAUGAACUAAAAAAAUUUGUAUUGUAGAAAAUGGAAUAAAAUAAUUUAAAGACAA